CUUCCCGAAGCACAGUGAGAGAGAGAGAGUGAGAGUGAAGGGACUGAAGAAGAAUCCGAAGAAGAAAUGGAGGAAGUUAACGGAGAGGAAUUGUUGAACGAAGAGACGGCGCCUCCUGUGAAGGCGGGGAAGAAUUGUGGAAGUCAACGGCUUCCAGAGAUUGAUAUGGAGAAUCUACGAGAGGAGGAGACUCUGUACGGUGUUCUCCGUCGUUUCUUUGCGGUGAUCUUCUUUACUGAUCGAAACAGCUCUUCUCUUCUUGAAAGGACUAAAGCUUCGGUCUCUCAAAAUGCUCCUCUGCUGCGUGAAGGUUUCAAGAAUACGAGCCGAGAUCUUCUUCUAUGGAGUCGCCGAGGCAGCCCUCUUCGUGCUCUCCUCGUUGUCUCUGUUGGAACUAUCAUCCUUCUGGCGUUGACGGGAUUGCUGGUUUUUAUGCUUUUCUUUCUGGCAGCAACUAUCAAUGCAGUCAUUAUCUCUCUUGUCAUAUCUUUAGCAGCUGCAGGAGGUUUCUUAGCUAUUUUCUUUGCCUCUGUGACGACAAUUUACAUUGGAGCACUAUCUGUGGCUGCUUUUGCAAUUUCCACUGCAACAGUUUCAACAAUCAUAGCUGUUGUGAUUGCUACAGGUUGGAUUGGAUUCUUCUGGGCUCUGUGGUUGGCAACACUGAAAAGUCUGGGCGUUGCCAAACAUUCAUUGAACAUGACUGGUUCAGCACUUUUGGUAUAUUCUGCUGCUCGACAAGCUCACCACCAUAAUGAAGCAGAUAAGGUUGACUGAAGGAAAAUUGUAGCCAGAGUUGUUUGUAUGUUUGUCUUAUAUGCCUUGGUACUCCUAAAGGUGCAUACUUUGAAGCUCUUUGUGCAUGAAUGCCACCUCCUCCCCCUUUCCCGGGUUUGGUUGAUGGCUGCAAGAUAAGCUGACCUUGGACUCUCUUGAAACAGUAUUGGACACCUGCAUCUGUUUGGGUGGUUGACCAUUUGUCGAAGUGGUGCAAUCGCUGCUGCUCUUUUUUUUUUUCUUUUCUUUCUCACAAGCACAGCCCAAGCUCUUGGCCCUUCUCUUUUUGUGGAUGUAACUGGGACUUCUUUACUCAGUUCUGUUAGAUUGCAGGAAAAGUAUCUUUGAGAGGUGGUUGGAUUCUUGAAUGUGUUGGCAAGAGGCCUAAACAGUACUGCUCAAUCUUCUGCUUAUCUCUGUUUUUCCCAUUA